CACCGAGUCUAAGGGUGAGCGUGAGUUUGAGGCUGAGGCUCUCUACUAUCAACCACCGUCGGCAUCCAGAGGAGAUAAAUGAACACCAUAAGCGUAUGCAACGCUUCAACCAGUGGCUGCGCCACCCUUCCACCUGUUCCUUCACUCUUCUUCGGCCGUGACACUGACCACCUUCAAUCCCUCAAACCCAAGCUCUCAUUUCGACCCAUCUCCUUCAAAUGGCCAAUCAUCAGAGCCUGCGCCUCUGCCUCCGAAAUCGACAUGUUCAAGAACAAGCAAGGCGUUUACGCCCCUAAGCAGAAGAAGGUAGUCAUCCUCUGGGACCUCGAUAACAAACCCCCUCGUGGUCCUCCUUACGAGGCUGCCAUGGCGCUCAAGCAGGUCGCCCAGCAGUUCGGCGAAGUGGUCGACGCCUCCGCCUACGCAAACCGCCACGCCUUCAUCCACUUACCCCAAUGGGUCAUGGAGCAGCGACGCGAGCGAAAACACCUUGAUAUUCUUGAGCGCAAGGGAGUGGUCAAACCCCCGGACACUGAGACCUACGUUUGCAAGGUCUGUGGCCGCAAGUGUAAGACCAAUUUGGACCUUAAGAAACACUUCAAGCAGCUCCACGAGCGCGAGCGCCAGAAGAAGCUGAAUCGAAUGCGAUCGCUUAAGGGCAAGAAACGACAGCGUUUCAAGGAGCGCUACAUAGCCGGGAACCACAAGUACAACGAGGCUGCGAGGUCUUUGCUUACUCCCAAGGUUGGGUACGGCUUGGCGUCAGAGCUUAGGCGUGCUGGGGUAUUUGUUAAGACGGUGGAGGAUAAGCCCCAAGCCGCGGAUUGGGCUUUGAAGAAGCAAAUGCAGCAUUCUAUGAGCCGAGGGAUUGACUGGUUGUUUUUGGUCUCGGACGAUUCUGAUUUUUCAGAGAUGUUGAGGAGGGCUAGGGAUGCAAAUUUGGGGACCGUGGUGGUCGGGGAUUGGGAUAGGGCCUUAGGGAGGCAUGCUGAUGUGUGGGUGCCCUGGACUGGGGUUGAGAAUGGGGAGAUUUCAGAGAAGGAUUUGGUGCCCAGGAGUCGGAGAAGUAGUGAGCUUUUUGAUGGCGAUGAUAAUGAUGAUGAUGGGUUAUUUUCAGCUGGGGAUUUUGAUCAAGGUUUGGAGAUUGACAGUCGUCUAGAUAAGGUAGUGGAUGAACUUGUGGUGUCGAGUUCUCAGUUUAAUGGUGUGAGAAUUUCUGCAUUUUCUGAAGGGGAAGAGGAAAAUGAUGAUUGGGUUGCAGAGGAAAUGGGCGAGGACUAUUUGUUGGGAGAUACCGAUGAUGAUGAAGAUUCGGAGGAUGAAGAUGGGAUUUUUUGAUAUGCAAAUUUGAAGCUGUAUUUGGUCAUUUCAAGGAUCAUGCUGAACAAAAUCUCUUCUCUUUGGGCCUUAGCAUAGAAUUCAUUAUUCAUUUUUCAAGCGUUUUCAAUUGUGGCACUUCUUUUUACUAAAAGGAUGAACAGUUACGUUUGAAGAGAAUUGAAAAGAUUAUGUAAAUAAAAUAGAAGUAGCUACUCCAAUAACUUAAGGCAUUGAUGUUGAAGAUGACAUUGUCUGUCUUCAAGAUGUACAGUUGUUGAUUGUUUGCAAAGUCUACAGAAUGUCACCAGAUUUGUCUUCCUGAUCAUCUACAUUUAAAAGGGCCAAUAUAUAUAUAUAUAUAUUUUUCUUACAAAAACUGCUUGAAGUUCACAAAUCAAAAUAAGUAAAUGCUUAUCGUGUGCUUGGCUAUCAAUCAGCUCUUGCAUGGGUUGUAAAAUCUCAUCCAUCUUUUGACACCCGAAGAUUUUUGAAAGACCAGGCUUUUCUUGAGGAUGUUGGGGGAGCUUCAAUAUUAUUUAUACCUUAUGCUAUGUACAAUUGGACACCACCAGCAGGCGCAGGUCAAUUUAAUGGAAUGCCUUUAGAUGGUAAGGUUGUUCAUUUUAAAGGGUUAAGGAAGCGCCUGAUGGUCGAGUAAUGGAAUUUCUUCAGUUCUUCAUCUGACUUAUCAGACAUGUUGUGCCUGAUCUUGAAGAGCGGAAGAACGAAAUACGGUUUAUAAUUUAUGCUACCGAUGAUUGAGACAUCAUAAAGGCUUGUGAAAAGAUACUAAAAAAUUUGGCCUAUAACGAGUAAUAGAGCCUGUAAGGCUGCUAGUCCCCAAGGAAUCAGGGCAAGGAUUUUGUUUGGCUCUCUGUCGUAGAGUUCCUUGUACACAAGACAAGGUUGCCUUUUCAAUCCAAUUCUUGUAUUGUUGUACUAACUAUUAUGUAAUGCAUGUCAACCAGAAUUUUGUGUUCCAAACCUUCACCCAGGUUCAUAAAAUUAGGCGUUACGGUUAUGCUUGUUUAGGCUCGUUAUUUAUACUAUAUGACGAGAAUGUAGAUGUUGGUCAACUGAAGGCAAGACCAGAUUCUGUUCCAUAAAAACUCUAUGAUUUUAUAGCUGAAGAAGCAUUCUUUUUUUUAUACUUAA